AUGGGUUUCGUAAAUGAACUCAUUAUCUUAAUUUUGAUCUUCAUAGUCUACCAUGAUCAAACUGCACAGGCUCAGGAACCUACUCCGAAUUAUCUAGCUUGGAAGUUCUGUAUAGAUGGUAAUUAUACCGCAAACAGUACAUAUCAAACCAAUCUCAACCUCUUGCUCUCUUCUCUUUCAACUACAUUCACAAACAACAACACAGUCCCUCGGUACGGUUACCGGAAAAUCACAACCGGAAAAGGCUCCGGUACUGUUUACGGAUCGUUACACUGUCGGGAGGAUGUAACACCGGAUAUAUGUUCGAAAUGUGUUCAGCUUGCAACGGAUGAAGUGGUGGCGGAUACUGGGUGA